CAGCUGCUGGGUAGUCGCCGGCAUAGCGUGACACCGUUUGAUGCGGCUACUUUUCAGCUACUUAGUUAGUUACUUGCCUAGUUAGUUACUUACUUACUCAGUGCCUUAGAAAUCAUGAGCAGCACGCGCCAUGGCCGCAGGUCGUUCGGUUGUCUCUGCGGUUGGCUAAUUGCCAUUAUCUUGAGCCUGAACGAGAUCACCUUGGACGUCGAAGCCGUAGCCUAUUACACGGAGAAGCCUGCCUGGCUUCCUUCGUGUCGCAUCUACGAGCCGGGCUUCACCAAGUGCUCUACGAACAGCAUUCAAAAGCUUCUGGAUCAGCUGAAUGUUGGGAUUCCAGAGGUCUUGGACCGCUUUGGUCCCUUCGAUCCCAUGAAGGUGAGGGAUAUAGUCUUCAAGCAGGACAACAACGAGGUGGCCACCAUUAGGGCCAAUCUCACCGAAUUGAUAGUCAAGGGAUUUUCGAAAACCACUGUCAAAGAGAGUCGUGUUAGCAAAAAGGACUUUAGCUGGCAAACCAAAAUAUAUCUGCCCAAGAUGAGGCUGGAUGGCAAGUACGAUAUGUCCGGGCGCAUUCUCCUCAUACCACUCAGUGGCUCUGGCAAAAUAUUCAUUGAAAUCGACGAUCUUGACAUCUUGCUGUUCACCAAAACCCGUCUGUACGAGAAGGGCGGCUUCACCUUCGACAAUGUGACGGCAGUGCGGGCCCAGCUGAAUAUCUCCAAGGUGCGGACCUACCUGGACAACCUGUUCAAUGGCCGGAGCAAGGAGGUGGAGCGCAGCACCAAUCAGUUUUUCAACGAGAACUGGCGCGACUUCUACGAGGCCCUCAAGCCGCUGAUCGUUGAGACUGUGGAGAACAUACUGUACGAUGUAAUGGGCACGGUUUUUCAUCUGAUUCCGGCCAACUUCUUUGUGGAGGAUAUACCGACGCCCCAGCAACUAUACGGGCCGAAUCCGGCAAUUCCUUCCGAUGGAAGGAAGAGCAGUACCAAAUAGGAAUCGUGUAUUCCAGUUUUAAGUUUAGCGAGAGAUCUGAUUGAAUCGGCAAUAAAAAUAACAAUAAACCAGCA